AUGGCCAAGCUGAUGCCCAAGUUGAUGCCCGUGGCGCAGGCGCGGAAGCCCACAGCACGGUGCCCGCCGCGCAGAAAUCACGCCAGAGCGUCGGCCGCGGCUGCUCCUACCGUGCAGAGCGCCGUUAUCGCCGCUGUCGCGAUUCCCAAGGCCCGGAUGUUGGAUGAGCACACUGAGGCCCAGAGAGCAGAGGAGACUUGUCCCCACGGCCUCUCCCAAGGCAAGAGGCUGGACCCUGAGAGACCCCGAGACCCCGUGAUCCAAGGAUGGGCCGACCUGAGAAGCAAUGAUGAAAGUGAGGCUCCGAUGUUCAACAACGCGCCCAGCACCUGUAGCUUGUUGGAGGCAGACCCCGAACGCAAGCUCAGGCCCAUCCGACCUCCCAGCUUCUGUCCCGGCUGCCUGCCAGUGUCUGCCCGUGGCUGCCUGGCCACACUCUGGAACCGGCUGGACGAGGGCUCGGACGUGGAGUCGGAACCCGACCUCCCUCUGAAGCGCAAGCAGCGUCGAAGUCGGACCACAUUCACGGCCGAGCAGCUCGAAGAGCUGGAGAAGGCCUUCGAGAGGACUCACUACCCGGACAUCUACACCCGUGAGGAGCUGGCGCAGAGGACCAAGCUGACGGAGGCGCGUGUCCAGGUCUGGUUCAGUAAUCGCCGCGCCCGUUGGCGGAAGCAGGCAGGAGCCAACCAGCUGGCAGCGUUCAACCACCUUCUGCCAGGGGGCUUCCCGCCCACCGGCAUGCCCACGCUGCCCCCCUACCAGCUGCCGGACUCCACCUACCCCACCACCACCAUCUCCCAAGACGGGGGCAGCACCGUGCACCGGCCCCAGCCCCUCCCGCCGUCCACCAUGCACCAGGGGGGGCUGGCCGCCGCGGCCGCCGACACCGGUUCUGCCUACGGAGCCCGCCACAGCUUCUCCAGCUACUCAGACAGCUUCAUGAACCCAGCGGCGUCCUCCAACCACAUGAACCCCGUCAGCAACGGCCUGUCUCCCCAGGUGAUGAGCAUUCUGAGCAACCCCAGCGCCGUGCCACCGCAGCCGCAGGCCGACUUCUCCAUCUCCCCGCUGCACGGCGGUCUGGACUCGGCCACCUCCAUCUCGGCCAGCUGCAGCCAGCGGGCCGACUCUAUCAAGCCGGGAGACAGCCUGCCCACCUCCCAGUCCUACUGCCCGCCCACCUACAGCACCACCGGCUACAGCGUGGACCCCGUGGCUGGCUACCAGUACGGCCAGUACAGCCAGACUGCUGUUGAUUACCUGGCCAAAAACGUGAGCCUCUCCACACAGCGUCGCAUGAAGCUUGGGGAACAUUCUGCUGUGCUGGGACUCCUGCCUGUGGAAACUGGCCAGGCCUACUAGGGACCCUGGGGCGACUUGCCCCAGACCAAGUCCCAGCCCAAUCCUUACUGAUCCCUGAGCCUCCCAGCCUCAGCCCUUUCAUUACCCUGGGGUCUCAGGAGGCCAGGAAAGGAGCCCAUUCCCUUCUCAUAGCCAGCCCUCUGGAGAUGUGCAGCCAGUCUACCGUUCACCUAUGUUUAGGAACCCAGAGCAACCCCCUUGGAGUCUGCCCCUCCACUCUCUCUCCAGGAGGGUUUCUGUCAGCCUGCAACCAUUCCCCCAGUCAAAUCCUGUCGUGGCCUCUGUGCUAUCUCAGGCACAGAGGUAGAAGCUCACCCUGAAUAGAGCAACCUGGGCACCCAAAGGAGGAUGGUAUCUGGGAUGAGGUACUGGAGCCCUUUGGACCCAACUCCAACUUGGUAACAUCAAGCCUGUCCUGGACCACGGCCAGGGUGGCUCGUGUCUCUGGUUUAGAGGAACCUAUGGAUACACGGAGACAAACAGACUCUUUGGUAGCAGCAGAUACCUGGACAUGUGUGGCCCAUGGAGAUCAGCCCAGUUUUCAACUGGGGCAUCUACUGCGGGAGACUUUUGGUUCUUCAAGCUCUGGACAGAAAGGAAGACUGUGUUGUCCCUUGGUGACCCAGUCCCCGUGUUUGUAACCAUCACAGCCAGGAAGCAGCUCUUAAGGUCAACCACAGUCUUCAUCCACAUUCCUUGAAUGGUCAGUCCUCCCCCCUGGAGGCCUGGCUCAGAAAUCAUCUUGAGUCCCCUUACAUACCCAGAAGCAGAGCUCUCAGGCAGGUGACAUCAAAACCACCCAGCCUCACUCCCAGGAGGUGACAUUCCCAUGCUAGGACCAAUCUCAAAUCUCUCCCCCCCCCCCCACCGUGAUGAAAUGGGAAUAAACCAAGUGAUUUCUCUUUAUGUCCAAUUUCUCUGGAGUUCUCCCAAGCCACCAUCUUGGUAGAAAAUGGGACUUAUUCUCCCUGGAGCCCCACCCCCACCUGGCAAAAUUUCCCUAAAAUCCUGUGUAUUAAUGUGUCUAGCCAACUCAGUCCAUAAAACUCCAUCUUGGGCUGGCAGCUCACAACCUCACCGGAGAGAUGAUGUGGGACAAGAGGUACAAGGCUUCAAACUCUUGAGGGUUGACCACAGCCUAAGAAAGAAGGCCUGAAUCCCCGUGGCCAGGUCAGCCCAGAAGCAAUCCCCAUCCAUUCCUGUAAAUAGAAUCCAUAGCCAAAUAAGAGAUGUUUCCUCCAACUUACCACAAGUAGCUGUUGGUCCUACCUAUGGGGGGGGGGAGGUCCCUCUUCUGAGCGCAUUGUACAUUAGUUGGAAAUGUGGUGAUGUGCUGUUCGUUUAUAGGAAGUCGACUUUUAUAUAAAUAUAUAUAUAUAUAUAUACUAAAAAAGGAAAGAAAACCCCCACAGUGUGUGUUGUGCUAGUGGGCAGAGACCAUCUGUAGGGAUAUAUUUGCAUAUUGUGUGUUUCAAAUUAUACAUUCCAGGCUCUGUUGGGUUCUUUCAUUUUUAUUGCUUUGUUUUUUUCAUUUGCUGUUUCUCUCUUGCUAUGAAAAAAGAAAGAAGUGAUGUGUAAGAACCAAGCUAUGCUUCAUACUCUUGUUUUUUACUUGAUUUACCUUUGCCGUUCUUUUGCCAGAAGAACAUGAAGAAGAGAGAUAGAGGAAUGAGACAGAAGGAAAGAAGGAUGAAGAGGGGGGUUUGCCCAGAAGACAAAUGAGAAGGUCAGAUUUCCAAUCUGACUAUGGCUUGAGAGCAGAGCAGGUCCGAGACUUGGCCCCGACUCCACGGAGAUCCAACGUUGUUUCAGAUGGGGCUGGUGAAGCAUGCUGAGAUUUGGAUCCUGGAACUUGGUGAAAUUCCAUGAUUGCCCGAAAAAGACAUUCUCUGGGGCCUCUCUCAGGUUGAUGUUCUCGCCCAGCUCCCGAUGUUCCCUUCACUACUAGAUGCUUCUUGAGGUUGUCCGCUCUCUCCUGCAAAGGCACCGAACCGAGACCAAAAUGGGGGUACUCCGGCCGCCAUCUUGAAAUGCUCAGAGGCAGCUGUGUACUGGGGACUCUUUCUGUCAGCUCUAAAACGGCCAAUCCCCCACCUGGGACGUAUCCACAUAGCACUCUAGAUCAUUCCUUCUUCCUAGUAAUUGCAACUCGGUUGCUUUCGUGUUUGACUCACAGCCAUAUGCCUCCAUGUGGAAGUGAGUGUGUGUGCAUGAGAGUGUGAGUGGGGCGUGUGAGUGGGCUUGUGGGUGCAAGGGUGUGUGUUUAAAUAUAAUCGCACCAUAAUUUAUUCAGCUAUAUGGAGUAGUAGAUUAGAAAGAGAAACUGGCAUUUGCUUUAACUACCUGCUUGUGAGCGCUUCCUCUGUAACUCAGGCGUAACUGUUAUACAUUAAAAGAAAUUAAAGCAUU